AUGGCGCCGCGCAGGGCCGGGGGCGCGGGGCCGGCGAAGCGGCUGCAGCGAGCGGUGGCGGAGUUCGUGCAGGCCGCGUCGCGCGGCGGCGAAGGGGACGGGGGCGGCGCGGGGGCGCGGCCCGCAGCACGCCGACGCCUGGCCGGGAAGCAGCGCCGCCGCGGCCGGAGGCAGGAGAAGCGGCGCCGGAGGAAGCGGCUUGCCGAGGAGGAGCCCGCCGAGGCCGGGAGCGGCGGGGACGGGGGCGCGGACACGGGCACGGACGGGGACCCGGCGCCCGCUCCGGCUCCCGCUCCCGGCCGCGCCGCCAGCACCCCCGCCAGGAGCCCCGCCAGCACCGCGGCCAGGCCCGGCGCCUCCUCGUCGGCCUUGCGCAAGCGGGCCCUGCUGGCCGCCAACGAGGCGGACGAGCGCGAGAUCCGCCGGCUGGAGCGCCGCCUGGGCCUGACCAAGCGCCGCAGGAAGGACGCCGCGGACCCCGUGCCCCCCAGCUUCGCCCGCGACGGGCUGGACUAUGUCCUGGGGGUGCUGGGCGGCGGCCGGGGCUGCGGCCUGUACGACAGCGAAGGCGAGGAGGAGGACGAGGACUAUGCCGAGGAGGAGGAGGAGGAGGAGGAGAGCGACCCUGAGAGCGACCCCGAGGAGGACGGAGAGCCCAGCGGGCAGGAGCGCAGCGAGCCCCCCGGUGGCCAGGAAUCCGCGGCCCGGGGCCCGAAGCUGCAAGAGGAGCCUCAGAGACGUCCCGGCAAAGCCACGCAGCCCAAGCCGGCUCACAGAGUGCGAUUCGCAGACGAGGAACACGGGCGCAGCACGGAGGAGCUGAGCCUCGAAGACCAGGGUCAGUGUCAAGAUGGGGUAAAGCGCGUGAAGUUGGCGACCGAAAGCACGGAUGCUCGGAAAUCGGAGGAACUGGAACGGCUAAAGAAGCAGGUCAAAGGCCUCAUCAACAGGCUCAGCGAGUCCAACCUGGCGUCCAUCAGCACCCAGCUGGAGGAGCUGUACAUGGCUCACAGCCGGCGGGACAUGAAUACCACAUUGACUGAUGCCCUGCUACGCGCCUGUGCCCCUGACACCCCCACGCCCAGCCGCCUGCUCAUGGAACAUGUCCUCCUGGUCAGCAUCCUGCACUGCACCGUGGGCAUUGAGGUGGGUGCGCAUUUCCUGGAGGCUGUGGUACGGCGGUUUGAUGCUGCUUACCGGGCAGGAACAGCAGGCAAGGAAUGUGCCAACCUGCUAGGCCUCCUGUCCCACCUCUACCAUUUCCAUGUGGUGCACGCACGGCUGCUCUUCGACCUCCUACACAGGCUCCUGGACAGAUUCUCGGAACAAGAUGUGGAGCUGAUCCUGCUACUGCUGCGCACUGUGGGCUUCUCGCUGCGCCGGGAUGACACGGUGGCACUCAAGGAGCUCAUUGCCAAGACCCAGUGCAAGGCAGCCAGCGCCAACGAGCAGCUUCAGGAACAGAACAGGGUGCGCUUUAUGCUGGAGGCCAUGCUGGCCCUCAAGAACAACGACGUGCGCAAGCUGCCCGGCUAUGAUCCUGAGCCCGUGGAACGGCUUCGCAAACUGCAGCGAACCCUGGUGCGCAAUGCCAGCUCCGGCUCAGAAACACAACUCCGCGUCUCCUGGGACAAUGUCCUCAAUGCUGAGCAAACUGGGCGCUGGUGGAUUGUGGGGUCUGCAUGGACUGGGGCUCCGAUGAUUGAGGAUGGCGCCCAGAGGAGCCCACAGAAGCUGCACACGGGCACGGUCAGCGCCCAGGUGCUGAAGCUGGCCCAGAAGCAGCGGAUGAACACAGAUGUCAGGAGAAGCGUCUUCUGCACCCUGAUGACUAGCGAAGAUUUUCUGGAUGCCUUUGACAAGCUGCUCAGGCUCGGCCUGAAGGAGCCACAGGAGCGGGAGAUGGUGCAUGUGUUGGUGGACUGCUGCCUGCAGGAGCACCCCUACAACCCCUUUUACGCCUUCCUGGCUGCCCGACUCUGUGCGCACGACCGGCGCCUGCAGAUGACCUUCCAGUUCAGCUUCUGGGACAAGUUCCGGGACUUGGACAAUUUGCCAGCCACAAAUGUGUCUAACUUGGUGCAGUUGGUGGCCCACCUGUUGAAGACAAAGUCACUUCCGCUCUCCAUCUUAAAGGUGGUAGAAUUCAGUGAACUGGACAAAGCCCGAAUCCGUUUCCUGCGGAAACUGCUGUCACUACUGCUGCUGGGGACAGAGCCCGAAGACCUGGCUGCUAUCUUCACCCGAGUAUCUGACAACCCAAAGCUGGGCAUGCUGCGAGAGGGCCUGAAGCUCUUCAUCAGCCACUUCCUGCUGCGUCAUGGCCAGGCACAGCAUCCCAAGGAGACAGCGCUGUUGCAGGAGCGAGCGGAGCUCAGCACCCAGGCACUGCAGGGCAGGACAGCUCUGAGGCUAUAGGGACCCAUCUGGGGAGCGCAGCACUUGAUGCUACUUUGGCCACACAAUGUUCGUGUUUUCAACCAUCUGGAAUAUCUAUCACAGGGAUGA